ACCCUCCCUUUGUCGUUUUUACUAUGAUAGAUUAUGGCUCAAUAAACUAGUAAUCCCAAACGUGAAAACUGAUGAGAACUUAAAGUUUUGAAAUUCUUCGAGCAAAAACUUGUUUUAACUUUCGAUGUAAUGUUGUAGCGAGGGGAAAAGGUUAAAGGUGAAGGGAGACCACUGGACAUACGUUCAAAUUUACUCCCUUUCCGGGGGGAGACGUGAUUUGGGAGAACUAUUUGUUUUUCACCAAUAGUUUUGCACUUUCAUAUUCAAAAUGGAGGACGCGUGACAGUGCAAGUUUGUCAAUUUUAACUUGGAAUCGCUUUUUGGAUUGGUUUACCCGCUUUCUGCCUGUGUAAUGUUAUGUAAAUUAAACUGGACACACAAUUCUCCCUCGGCUACAUAUAGAUGGCCCAAAAGAAUCAUAGGACACCGAACAACACGCUCGCGAACGUUGUAGAAGGUGAAGGACAAUUUGAUUCAGAGAUCGACUCUAAUAGCUAUCAAAACGAUCCAUCGAGUUUUAGCACUGCAAUCGUUGGAGGAGGAGACGAACCUUAUUAUAGCGACUCUGAAAUUGCAUCAGGUGAACGAAAACCCUUGCUCGGCGGGUCUAAACGAACUAUGGAUAGAAUCAGCGAGUCUGAACACCCACCGAAUAACUCUAUAAAUGAUCCAGAGUUUACUGCGAUUAUCCGCGCUGCUGAACAUGCAAUCGACUGUGGAGUUUAUCCAGAGAGAAUAUACCAAGGAAGUUCUGGCAGCUAUUUUGUCCAUAAUAAAGAAAAAAAAAUUAUUGGUGUUUUUAAACCAAAAAAUGAGGAGCCUUAUGGCCAUCUAAACCCAAAGUGGACAAAAUGGCUUCAUAAGACAUGCUGUCCUUGCUGUUUUGGUCGAAGUUGCUUGAUUCCAAAUCAAGGAUAUAUGUCUGAGGUUGGAGCAAGUCAUGUGGAUGAGAAACUGGGCUUACAUAUUGUCCCAAAGACAAAGGUUGUAAGACUGGUUAGUGAUACAUUCAACUAUACUGGUCUUGAUCGAACUCUCGCAAGUUCAAAGAAACGUGCAGCAGAGAGAUUCCCAGACACAAUUGGAAAGCAUGUGAAACUUGGUUUGCCACCAAAGGUUGGAUCUUUCCAGUUGUUCGUUGAAGGAUACAAAGAUGCAGAGUUUUAUUUGAGAAAAUUUGAGAAUGAACACCUUCCUUCAAAGACAUUAAAUAAUUUCCAGUUCCAAUUUGAGAAAUUGGUUUGCCUUGAUUAUAUCAUCAGAAACACAGAUCGUGGGAAUGAUAACUGGCUUAUUAAAUAUGAUCGAACACCUCUCGUGACCAACACCAAAACUGAAGAAAAUACAAAUGAAGAGGAGGAUGACUGGAACCUAGUUGAGCCACCAGUGAUAUAUAUUGCUGCCAUUGAUAAUGGUCUAGCUUUUCCAUACAAACACCCUGACUCAUGGAGGUUAUAUCCUUAUCAUUGGGCGUGGCUGCCCUAUGCUAAACACGCGUUUUCCGAUGAGAUUCGUGAAGUGGUUCUGACCAAACUAGAGAACAUGGAUUUUGUGCAGGAAUUAGUUGAUGAUUUGUACCUGCUGUUCAAGGAAGAUCGUGGCUUUGAUAGAUCUCUUUAUGAAAAACAGAUGAACGUUAUGCGAGGACAAAUUCUCAAUCUCACCGAAGCACUGCGGCAAAAGAAGUCUCCCUUAGAGCUGGUUCAAAUGCCACCAGUUCUUGUGCAAAAGAAAAAACUAGACGGAAGGGUUCAUCGUUCACCAAACGAAACCUACACGCAAAGUUUCCACGAAAAGCGACCGUUUUUCUCGUGGUGCUAAGUUUUCACGUACCCACGACAUGAAAUUUUCUCGGAUCUACAAAAAAUUCUCGGAAUGAUCGCGAAUGAUACAUGAUUUCUGUGAACGAAUGAAAUUGAAUGUGAUAGGUUGAAAGCUCUUUUACUAUUGGGGCUUGUAAAAUUUGAACUCCUAAGGUUUUCAUCCAUGUUACCUUACUGGUAAACUUGUAUUAUGUUGAAGGGGCUCUCCUGUCUGUUUUUGCAUACAUAUUUUCUGUUUUCAGUCGCUCGCAUUUUAUAAAUUUCAAUGAUUGCGCAACCUGUUAUGACAGUCAUGCGCAGACAAGAGGUACGUAAAUGAGGAAAGGUUCCGUGGCACAGAAUAGAGAGUGCGGGGUAACUCACUCUCAGCUUUUGUUAAAGGUCUCUUUCGAGCUUGUAGUUCAGCGACAUUUAUUGCAAUCAACUGGUUUGGUAACGGCGGAUAAGCUAUUUUAGUGUGCUUUGAGGAAAAACCUUUGUUAUCGUGCAGUCGACUGGCCAGAAUAAUCGCGGGCAACAUGCGUGCGCGGUGCGGUAUGCGCAGAGAUAAAAAACUUAAAAGCGUCCGUUGAGUAGCGCUUCUGUGUAUUUCCUAUUCUCGUGUUUUAACCAUAAAUCUUUCUAAACAUAUUGUGGAAAUAGCUACUUCAAGAAAAAUCAAAGUAAAACUUCACGCCUGCAAAUCAACAGAAACAUGACUUUAUCAUAUUACAUGUUAUUUCAAUAAAGAGAGGCCAAAAACAACUUUAAAUACGUCAAGGGGCCAUUCAUAAAAUACGUGACGCUAUUUUGGCCAUUUUUUAAGACCCCCUCACCCCUAUGUGACACUGUGUGACGUUUUCCAAAAUACCCCAUAAAAAUUACGUGACUCCUGGCCAAAUACCCCCCCCCCAAAUUUAUUUAAGUAGCGAAAUAGAAAAGAGAAGUCAACCUCAACGGUGCGAAAAAAAAAUAUUUAGUGAUAUAUUAGAUGUAGCUACUCAAAACUUAGUAUAUAGAGGGGCAAUAGGCCCCUGCCAAUGGAAUACUUCAUGUGGCAGUCAAUUUAAUUUUAAAGCAUAUCCAUGUAUUGUCGAGAGUCUACAGAUA